AUGUUAGGCUUGAAUAAUAGUGCUGAUAAAUUAGGUUUCAUAAAGAAGAGUAAUAACCAAGAUAACAGUGAUUUGAGCUUGAAUGAUUGUAAUCAAGUAUUUGAAAGAUUAGGUAAUUUACUAGAUAAAUAUCACAUAGCAUUAAACGAAAAUGUUGUGUCUGUAGUUUCAGUAACAAGAAAAAUUGCUAUUUCAUUUUUAAAACCUUUAAACGCUGAGUUAGAUAGAAUGAUUAAAGCUGGUGUAAUUAAAAAGAUAACGGAACUGACUGAUUGGAUUAGUAUUACUAAAGCUAUGGUAGAAUCUUCUUCUACAUGCGUUAAAUUUCAAAUUGCAAAUAGUCCUGAAUCCGAAAUGCUAUAUGAAUUUCUUAAUGUUCAAUGGGUGCAAGUGAUUAGUUGUUUACAAGCCUGUGUGGUAAUACCUGCAGUAAAAUCGAUCUUUGCACGCCAUGACAUUACUCUUGAAGUAAUAAGUGAUGGAGGCCCACCUUUCAAUUCUCGCGAGUUUGAGAGUUUUGCGAGAAAUAGAAAAUUUAGACAUUCCCGAGUAAAUGUAAUUUAUCCUAAACCUGUAGAAAGAAAAUUCAAAAGA